AGAGAGACUAUCAAUGGCGGAAACUGUUUCCGGUUCAGCAUCCUCUCCAAAACCCCCAAACACCAUGGAUCCUCAAAGUCAAAGUCAAAGUCAAAUUCAAAAUCCCCAAAAUCCAUCAUCUUCAAACCCUACAAUCCAAUCGCCUAUGGCUUCUCCCUCUCUCCCUCCCCUCCCUCAAAUCCCCCAAUCCCAACAACAACAAGAUCAACAACAACAACAACAACAACAACAACAACAGCUCAGUCCAUCAAUGCAACAACAAUCGCAACAGUCUCAAUCCAUGAACAUGAACCCUAUCGCGAGUUUUCAACUGCAGCAAACCCUUCAGCGAUCGCCUUCCAUGUCUCGUCUCAAUCAAAUCCAAUCUCAGCAGCAGCAGCAAUUAGGGCUCAUGAGGCAGCAGGCCGGAUUGUACGGCGGCCAGAUGAACUUCGGCGCCGCCGCCGCCUCGGCUCAGCUGCAGAAUCAGCAGCAACCGUCGCAAUUAGGUGGCUCCAAUUUGGCACGGACGGCGAUGAUAGGGCAGAGCGGACAUUUCCCCAUGUUGUCCGGUGCUGGAGCACAGUUUAACUUGUUGUCUUCGCCGAGGCAGAAAGGUGGGCUAGUCCAGGCAUCUCAAUUCUCUUCUGGAAAUUCUGCUGGACAGCCACUGCAAGGAAUGCAAGGAAUGGGGAUGAUGGGGUCAUCAAAUCUCACCUCACAACUAAGAAACAAUAGCCUUGCUUAUGCUCAGCUGCGAUUGAGUCAGGGUCAAAUCAGGCAGCAACUAUCACAGCAGAGUUCACUUAACACUUCACAGGUUCAAGGCUUACCAAGGUCGUCAUCCCUUGCUUUUAUGAAUUCACAGUUAUCUGGGUUGUCCCAGAAUGGACAGCCUGCGAUGAUUCAUAAUUCUUUAACACAACAACAGUGGCUUAAGCAAAUGCCAGCAAUGUCUAAUCCUGCCUCUCCGUUGCGUCUUCAACAACAUCAGAGGCAGCAGCAGCUGGCUUCAUCUCCUCAACUGCAACAAAACUCUAUGACCCUGAACCCACAGCAAUUGUCUCAGCUGAUGCAACAACAGAAAUCAAUGGGGCAGCCUCAGCUGCAUCAACAGCAGCCGCCGCCGCCUCAGCAACAACAACAACAACAACUUAUGCAACAACAAUCACAACAAUCUCAACUACAAGCAUCUGUUCAUCAACAGCAACAACAGCAGUCUCCAAGGAUGCCAGCACCCACAGUCCAAAAGUCACUUAGUUUAACAGGAUCACAGCCAGAUGCUACUGCAUCUGGCACAACUACACCAGGGGGAAGCUCAAGCCAAGGAACCGAAGCAACAAACCAAGUCCUUGGAAAGAGGAAGAUACAGGAUUUAGUUUCACAGGUGGAUCCACAGGGUAAGCUGGCCCCUGAAGUUAUAGAUCUUCUUUUAGAGCUUGCUGAUGACUUCAUUGAUUCUGCGACUACACAUAGUUGUGUUUUGGCAAAACAUAGAAAAUCAUCAACUUUGGAGUCCAAGGAUUUAUUGCUGCACCUAGAGAAAAAUUGGGAUUUAACAAUUCCAGGGUAUUCAAGUGAAGAGAAGAAGCAUAAGAGAAAACCUCAAUUAAAUGACCUCCACAAGAGGCGCCUAGAUAUGAUUCGCACAUUGAUGGAAUCCUCACAGUCCGAAUCAAGUAUUAUCAGUUCUAAAGAGACGAGUAGACAGGGCCUUCCUAACACCGUGGGCGCCCACAGCCUAAUAAGACCCCUGAGUUCAGAGCAGUUGGUUUCUCAUUCACCUGGUUCUCAACUGCAACAGAUGACAAGGUCCGGAAGAGAUUGCUUGCUGUAACUGAUUAGCAUACGAGGGCAUUAUGACUAUGAUAGGGCCCAAAUUAACAAAGCCCAAUAUGGCAAGGUUUAUGUCAGAAACAACAGGAAAGGAAAACGGCCCAAAGGAGGAAUCAGAAUGGAUACUGCUUCACAGCCCAUGAUGCAUGCUGAGUCAGAUAGUUUUUAGGAGAGUUUGUUACUCCUAUUGCUGAUAAAGGGGAGACGUGAAGAGGGAACGGAUACCUUGGAGGUCAUGAAACUUGCUAUGGCAAAGUGGGAGAUAUCAAGGCAUCUCGAAGGCCCCUGAACUUUUACAUUCUGUUCGUUUUUUUAUCUUUAUUUCUUUCUGCAAAUCUAAGCUAUAGCAGCACUAUAGUAUGUAACUUGAAUUGUAUCAAGUGUAAUCUGAAUGAAUUUUACUGGAUUAUGAAUUGAAU